UUUAAUGAAACGUCAAGUUCAUUGAAGUUUCAUCAAAAGUUUUAUUAAAAAUUUGUUUAUCAAAAUGUAGUCGCACUUAUCCGAACAUUUACGCGGAGUAAGUGAGCAAGUUUCUCAUUCGACAGUUUUACAUCUCCGUUUCGUUUUCUCGCUCUCUUUUUCUUCCUCUCUUGCUCUUUAGUCGCCGAUCUAUUGCGCGUGUUCGAUCGCCGAGAGUCCGUCCAGUCGUCCAGUCCUCCUACCUCCCCAUUCCCUCUACCUUUGUUGUCGGUUCUAGCAUUACUGCUGUGAAUCUUCGAUCCGCAUCGCGACGUCCGCAGUAGCAUAUUUAUACGGCUGUUCAGCUAACCGCGCGAGGACAAGAUGUCGUUGAUCAGGACGCUAUGGAGGUGUACGUUCAGUCCACGACUGUUCAAGAUUUACGAGAAAUCGUACGAAGCGAAGAACCUGGAGCGAUGGGGCGACCAAAUUGUGAUUUCCUUUGCAGCGAUAUGGUCCAUAAGCCUUUAUGCUGUGCCAGUUAUUGCUAUGUUCGCCAUGUAUCAGCGUGGCUAUUCAUUGACAGAUAAUGUCUCUUGCUUGAGUAAAUUGGCAGCUGGUGCUGGUGCACUUCUCGUUGCCUCGUUGGCUGCACGAGGUUACUCCAGGGUCAACAAUCCAGUGUAUGUAAAAUUCGUGGAGACCUUGAAUGAGGCACAUCUGCAUUACAAUGCAAGCACAAAGCAGGAGCUUCACAAAUAUGAUUUUGAAUUCUGGGCAUGGCCUGUGGAUUUUGAUGUAUCAGAACUAAGCGAAACUGCAGAUAAGUUGACACUAGAAAAAAUUGCAAAAGCUAGUGGACGUCUUAGGAGACAAAGCGGCAAAGAAUUUAUACUUGCCAUACCAUGUAAAUUACUCUCGUAUAUGGUAGCACACAUCUUCGCGGGUAAACUGAUUUAUCCCGGCAGUAUAUCUCUGAUCGGAUGGGCGCUCGGCUCAACGUUGGUGAAAGGAAGGAUAGAUUUGAUAAAACAAGGUGGAGAAAGAUUCAAAUUAAUGACUGUUGAUAAAAAUCAAAUCGAUACGAUGUUCGUUGAUCGGCGCAACAAAAGCUCUAAUGGCGACAUAUUGGUUGUAACCUGUGAAGGGAAUUGUGGUUUCUAUGAAACAGGCAUUAUAUCCACUCCUCUGACCAAAGGCUAUUCGGUGCUGGGCUGGAAUCAUCCAGGUUUCGGCAGUAGUACUGGUGCACCAUAUCCAGACCAGGAGGAAAACGCUGUCGAUUGUAUAAUGCGCUUCGCAAUUGAGCGCCUAAAGUUUCCCGAGGAACGAAUAAUCCUGUACGGUUGGAGCAUCGGAGGCUAUACCGCCACUUGGGCUGCUAUGAAUUACCCUUCCAUUAAGAGCUUGGUUUUAGAUGCUACAUUUGAUGAUGUACUUCCAUUAGCUAUUAAAACAAUGUCACCGUCCCUAGAAGGUUUAGUUCGUAACAUAAUAAGAGAUUAUUUCAAUUUAAACAUAGCAGAGCAAUUAAAUAGGUAUAAUGGGACUGUAUUGUUAGUGAGACGAACGGACGACGAAAUCCUUUGUAUACCUAAUAAUAGCUUAGCUGGAAAUCGCGGUAAUAUGUUGCUGAUGAAAUUACUUCUCAGGCGUUACCCACACUUAUUUUCCGAAACUUCCGAGUCUGGAACAGUUUUAUCGAGGUUCCUAUCCGCUGAAUCGUCUGAUAGAACGUCCAUAUUGGAAUCGUUUAAAGUAGAAGAAAAACAUUGCCUAGAAUUGAUAUCGGCUAAUAUUCGAAGUAAUGAUGGGGUGAUAAAUUACCCGUCUACUCUGGGACAAGAUUGUAAUAUUAGGACAAAAAUACAGUUGGUUCUCUUCCUUGCCACAAUGUAUAUGAAAGAUCAAUCAUCAUCACAUUGUAUCCCAUUGUCGGUUGAUCUUUUUCAUCCAGGUUGGGACCCAGCAUCCAUACUUCUGUGAAGUAGUUUUUAUAGUACUAUAUUUUGAACACAUCUGAAUAAGCUUCCCAAGAGAUUCUUAUUUAUAUAGUACAUUAUGAAUAAGUGAAAGCGGUAAUAACAGUGCAUUUUCGUGUUGAGUUUUACUAGCACACAUACACGCAAGCGUUAUUUAUUCGAAUUUCCAUAUUAAUCUAUAAUCAAUCUUAUAAAUUUUUGUGAAAAAUGUUACACUAGAUACUUUAAAAUCAUGCUAAACAUUUUUAGUGGAGUUGUAAUAUUUACGUUUUUUAAAUACAUUAUACGAAUCGCAUAUCACCAAGUACUGCUUUGUAUAAAAUUCAUUUGUAUUACAAUAUACAUAUUAAAAUUUAAAAA